CGACGCCACUUGCCCACCAAUUGCGCACUUUCGGUCGACGAACCCCACACUUCUAGGGCGCUGCGAGUCCCAUCAAGGUCAAAGGGAGAGCGCUCUGCACUGCGUCUGCUCAAGGGCGAGGUCUGUGCGCGGCUUGCGAGCGUUCGGAGAUGGAGCGCAGGGAUGUCACGAAUCAUCUGCUCUUUGAAGUAGCUUGGGAGGUGGCCAACAAGGUCGGAGGCAUUUACACGGUUAUCAAGACCAAGGCGCCCGUCACUUGUGCAGAGUAUGGCAACAGGUACUGUCUCAUCGGACCGCUGUCCUACAAAUCUGCCCCCAUGGAAGUCGAAGCUGCCGAGCCAGACACGCCCGAACUCAGGGACACGCUUGCCUCAAUGAGAGAGCGCGGCGUCAAGUAUCUCUACGGUCGUUGGCUCAUCGAAGGUGGACCUCGAGUCCUCCUCUUCGACACCGGCUCCGUACUCCAUCGUCUCGACGAAUGGAAGGCAGACAUCUGGAACGUCGCCGGCAUCCCGACACCAAGCCACGACACCGAGACGAACGAGACCAUCUUGCUCGGCUACCUUGUUGCCUGGUUUCUCGGCGAGUUCUCAGCGCGCGAGACCUCCAAAGCCAUCGUCGCUCACUUUCAUGAAUGGCUCGCCGGCUUGGCUGUUCCACUCUGCCGAAAGCGUCAUCUUGAUGUCACGACCAUUUUCACGACUCACGCAACCCUGCUUGGCCGCUACCUCUGUGCUGGCUCGGUCGACUUCUACAACAACUUGUCAUACUUUGAUGUCGACCAUGAAGCAGGCAAGCGCGGUAUCUACCACCGCUACUGCAUCGAGCGCGCUGCAACUCAUUCUGCCGACGUCUUCACGACUGUCAGUCACAUCACUGCAUACGAAUCAGAGCACCUCCUCAAGCGAAAACCUGACGGUGUCACGCCCAACGGUCUCAACGUAGUCAAAUUCUCUGCCCUUCACGAAUUUCAAAACUUGCACGCAGUCAGCAAAGAGAAGAUCAACGAAUUUGUUCGGGGACAUUUCUACGGCCACUACGACUUUGAUCUGGACAACACGCUCUACUUCUUCACAGCCGGGCGCUACGAGUAUCGCAACAAAGGAGCAGAUCUCUUCCUCGAGUCUCUGGCCCGUCUCAAUUACCGCCUGCAACAAUCAGGCUCAAAGAUGACUGUUGUCGCUUUCAUCAUCAUGCCCGCUGCAACCCAUUCGUACACAAUCGAGGCGCUCAAAGGCCAGGCUGUCACCAAGCAGCUCCACGAUACUGUCACCGAGAUUCAGAACAGGAUCGGUGCUCGUCUCUUCGAAAAGACUGCACGCUACACCGGCGAGUAUGGCACGGAGAUCCCCGACAUCGCAACAUUGAUGACAGACGAAGACAAGCGAAUGCUCAAACGACGCGUUUUUGCACUUCGACGCAACUCAUUGCCAGCCAUUGUCACGCACAACAUGGCAGAUGACGCCGCGGAUCCGAUCUUGAACCAGAUGCGUCGUAUUCAACUCUUCAACAGACCGAGUGAUCGCGUCAAAGUCAUCUUCCAUCCCGAAUUUCUCAACGCAAACAACCCAAUCCUGUCGCUUGACUAUGAAGAAUUCGUGAGAGGCUGCCAUCUUGGCGUGUUCCCGUCUUACUACGAGCCUUGGGGUUACACGCCCGCGGAAUGCACAGUCAUGGGCGUGCCUUCCAUCUCGACCAACUUGUCAGGUUUCGGCUGCUUCAUGGACGAACUCAUCGAGAAUUCACAAGACUACGGCAUCUACAUUACCGAUCGACGCACAAAGUCUGUCGAGGAAUCUGUGCAGCAGUUGACAGAUCAGAUGUUCUCCUUCUGCUCGAAGACCCGUCGCCAGCGUAUCAACCAGCGUAAUCGCACAGAACGUCUUUCGGAUUUGCUUGAUUGGAAACGAAUGGGUCUCGAAUACGCAAAGGCGCGUCAGCUCGCACUCCGUCGCGCAUACCCCGAGAGCUUCGACGACGACUUUGAUUUCGAGACCUCUUCUAUCCGCGUUCCUCGACCAUUCUCUGUACCUGGCAGUCCCAGUCUCAAGUCAGGCCUCAUGACUCCCGGCGAUCUUGGCACACUGAUGGAGAACGAGCAAGGUCUGGGUACCUCUGACUACAUGGGAACAUCAUGGGAGCAAGCAAUGAAGCCCGAAGGUGGUGACGACGAGGAAGCCUACAACUUCCCGCUCGUCCUGAAGAAGAAAGGUGCAUCGUCUGCCCUUGCAUCUGGUCAGACCACACCGGGAGGAACGGUGGGUACACAGCCAGUCCACAAGAUGGCAGGCAGUAAGAAGCUUGAUCUUGCUCGAGCGGAUCAGGCGCUCGAAGGUCUCAGUCUGAACGGCACGGCGGAAGUCACGAAUGGUCACUGAUCCGACGCAGAGAUGCUCCUCUUGCGCUCCUGUUCUUACGAUGCAUGCAAACCGCGCUAAAGAGUACAUCGGACUUGAGCGGACU